AUGAAUAUUCUGUAUAAUACAAUUUUUGUCAAUGGUGAAGCUUUUAAUUGUUCUCGUACAAUGUCUUUAUAUGAUUUACUGAUUUAUUUAGGCUUUCAAAUAGGUUCUAUUGUAGUAGAGUAUAAUAAAGAGAUAAUAAACAGCAAUCAAUUUUCUAAUAUUGUAUUAGUAGAUCGAGAUAGAUUAGAAGUCAUUACAAUUGUUGGUGGUGGCUAA